AUGCCGAGAUACACUCCAGGCGAGGCUUGGCAAAGCAUGUGGCCAAGCUGGCUGCUGAGAGGGCGGCUGCAAAGGCAGGCAAUUCGCAAGCUUCGGUGGUCGUUUGGUCAAGUCCUUCUGGAUGCAUCCAAGCAUGCGGAGGUGAAGGAAAAGAUCCAGCAGACCAAAGAAAAGGCGCGUGAGAAGCUGGAGACCCGGAGCAUGUCAUCUGUGUUUUUCGCCGUGGCGCAGAGCUGCGAACGAGAACGUAUUUCGGGCUCAGGCUGCUCGGUGGCUGGUUGUGCUCCUAUUGUGAUGGGCUUGGGCUUGUGGAAGCGUUGCCAGGGUCGCUUUGUGAACUUUCAAAGCGUGGCGAGUGCAUCCGCCCGGCUUAGUCACGGCCCAGGUAGUGAGGCGAAGAUCUCCGAGAAGAAGCUCUCGGAGACGAUUCACAUGGACAUGCCCGAUUCAGACGAAGACGAUGAGGAUGUUUCGGAACAGAGUCCUGCAGCCAUGGCGGGCAUGCAUGGAGUUGCAAUUGGGAGUGGGAUCGAACCUCGAUGGAAGCACGACGAAGUUUUCAUUGGCAAAAUGGAGAAGGGCGAGUCCAUAGAGAUCACCACCUGCUCUGAAGAUACUACCAAAGAGCAGCGCGAGAUUUUGCAGGAGCGCCAGCUCAUAAGCAAUCCGCUGAAAGCAUGUCUGCGAUCCUGUGUCGACUCCCUGAAUGGUGUUGUGGAUGAUAGUGCGACGCCGAAGGCAAAGCCGCGGAGGCCGCGGAGAGAGCAGACCAUGCUGGACAAACUGAGCAAGAUCGUGACGAUCCUCCAGUGGGUGCCAGAGCUGACCUUCCACAAGGUUCGUGCUGACCUCGUGGCUGGUCUGACGGUCGGCGUCAUGGUGAUUCCGCAGAGCAUGUCGUACGGAGCAAUCGCAGGGCUUCCCUACAUCAACGGCAUGUACUCGGCUUGCGUGCCCACGCUCGUCUAUGCCUUGUUCGGACAGAGCCGGCAGCUGGCCGUGGGUCCCGUGGCCAUGGUUUCGCUGCUCAUCGAAGCCGGCCUCAACGGAAGCCUCGGGCCGGAGUGCAAUGUUCCCGGCAAGGCACAGUACGAGGUUUGCACCAGCGAGUACGUUGGCCUUGCCUGCCUUGCAGCUGCGCUGGUCGGUGUGAUGCAGGUUGCGGCGAGCCUUCUGAAGCUGGGUUUUCUGGUCACAUUUCUAGGCCAUCCAGUCAUCAGUGGAUUUACCAGUGGUGCCGCCAUCAUCAUCGGCCUCAGCCAGCUGAAGUACAUGCUGGGCUACGACAUUCCAAAGUCCCAGUACAUCUACGACACAAUCAUCAACGUCGCCAUGAAUAUCCAGGAAACGAAGCCGAUGCCCCUGCUGUUGGGAGUUCUUUGGUUGGCCUACUUGAUCAGCAACAAGCAAAUCGCAGGAAGGUACCGACGUCUGAAGAUGCUGGCUCCCAUGGGCCCCUUAAUCAGUUGCGUCGCUGGAACCGUGCUGAUAUGGGCGUGGCCGGAUAUGAGCGAAAAGUACCACGUCAAGUACGUUGGGGAGAUUCCCUCCGGCUUGUUUCCAAUAAGUAUCGGCAGCUGGCAACUGGACAAGAUCCCCACUGUCGUCGGAACUGCAAUGUCUGCAUGCCUGAUCGGCUACAUGGAGUCCAUUGCCAUUGGGAAGAACUUGGCAGCUACCAAUGGCUAUGAGAUCGAGGCUUCUUGCAUGCCCCGGAAGCUUUUCUUUUUCUAUGACCGCAACUUCGUGCCACUGCGAGAUCAGAUGGUGGCCUCUCUGGAACAGAGUGGAGGGCUUGCAGAUUUCACUUUGUGUGAGGAUGUGCUCGAUGACCUGAAAGGCAACAAUCGAGCCGGUGGCGGCAUGCCGACGUAUUUGUACAAGUCGGCCAAGAUCGGCAAAGCCCUCAAUGAUGUGGACACCGAUGAAAUCUUCUUGUUCACAGACGUUGAUGUUCAGUACUUUCAACCGGUGCAUGACAUUGUCAGGGAAUGCAUGGCAGAUGGUACCGACAUAGUCUUUCAGCAGGAGUUCGAAGACAUUGGAGUAAACAUCGGUUUCAUGGCCAUGCGGAAAAGCGCAGCAUGUCAGGCGUUUUGGGAGUUUGUGCAUGCUGAGAUCAGCCGCACCCAGGCGCUGGACCAGAGGGUUGUGAACAACAGCCUCUAUUCCGGGCAUGCAGCCGCGACUUUCGGUCUGCGAUGGAAGAGAUGGCCCAGUAGCAUCUGGGCCUCGUCUAUGGCCUUCUCCAGCCCACUUCCGCAGCCGCUGGUGGUCCACCAUGCCAACUUCCUCGUCGAAAAGGCCCCGGCAGCUGAUCCGACCUCCAAGGUGGCUCAGCUGAUGCAGCUGCGUCAAGCCACGCUAGGAGACGACAAGGAAGCUCAGGCAGCGUGGGCGGAGUUCAUGCAGGGAGCGAGGACUUGCCCGGCCAUGCUGGACUACCGCAGCCGCCACUUCGGGGAGCGUCGUCCUGGACCGGAGUGGUCCACACUGCCCGAGAACCACAUCGCUCGGCUCGGUGGCUACAGCGAGAGGGCAGCGAAGAGGGCCGCGGCGGUAGUCAAAGGAGCCCCCUGUGAUCCUGACGCUGCCAGAAUCGCUUGA